GAUUUUGUUCACUGCUGGCGGGCGGGACAGCUAGCCUACACAAUUUGGGUUGUGGAGGUAAAAACCUAAGUUUGUAUGAGGUGAACUCCUUUAGCUCACUGCUACAAGGAGGACUCAACAUGUCCCGGUUCAAAAGAGGGACUAAGGCGGACUCUCUGGCCGGCUUCCGGGCGGACAGUCCCGACACCAGUCACACGGCUGUUCCUCACGGUCUGCUGAAGGCAGCAAGGAAAAGCGGUCAGCUGAACCUGUCUGGUCGAGGACUGACGGAAGUUCCUCAGAACGUGUAUCGAUUAAACGUGGACACACCAGAGGAGGCCAAGCAGAAUGUGUCCUUUGGUGAGUCGGAUCGCUGGUGGGAACAGAGUGAACUCACCAAACUACUGCUCUCGUCCAAUCAGCUCACACAGCUGUCUGAUGACAUCACACUACUGCCUGGACUUACCACGCUGGAUCUCCAUGACAACCAGCUUAGCAGUUUACCCGGAGCUUUAGGAGAACUGCAGGAGCUUCAGCAACUGAGACUGAGUCACAACCAGCUGACAUCACUACCAGUAGAGGUGUGUACUCUGAAGAACCUCCGCAGCCUCACUCUCCAGCAGAACCUGCUCCAGAGCCUGCCAGAGGAUGUUGGGAUGCUGGAGAAGCUCACUGAGCUGGACCUGUCCAAGAACAACCUGCAGGGCCUGCCUUCCAGCCUGGGUCAUCUCACCUGCCUGCAGAAACUCAACCUGAGCCACAACAAGCUCAGCUGUCUGCCUGACAGUCUGGCCCAGCUCAUCAGUGUGAAGCUGUUGGACUGCAGCAACAACCAGCUGACAGACGUCAGCCUCUCAGAGAUGCCUGUUUUGGAGCAAAUUUACCUCAGACACAACAAGCUCCGCCUCCUCCCAAAGCUCACUGCCCCCAUGCUCAAGGAGUUAUACAUGGGGAACAACCAGAUCGAGCAGCUGGAGACGGAGCAGCUGGCGUGCCUGAGAGCCAUCUCUCUUCUAGAACUCCGAGACAACAAGAUCAAAAGUCUCCCUGAACAGGUCACCCUCAUGAGCACGCUGACACGCCUCGACCUCACAAACAAUGACAUAUCCACUCUUCCAGCGGCGCUCAGCCUGCUGCCCAGUCUGCAGGUGUUACUGUUGGAGGGAAAUCCUCUGAGAGGGAUCAGGAGAGACCUGCUCACAAAAGGAACCAAUGAGCUUCUGAAAUACUUACGAGGAAGAAUUAAAGAGGAGCCGGAGAGCGCUGAUAAAGGUCACACUGCUAUGACCUUACCCAGCCAGGCUGCAGUCAAUGUACACAACAUCAGAAGUCUGAAGCUGUUGGUGUUCAGUGAGAAGCAGGCAUCAGAUAUUCCUGGUGAGAUUUUUGAUGCAGCAGCAGAUCAAGGUGUUACUACUGUGAACUUCAGCAAGAACCAGCUGACCUCAGUACCUUCCAGGCUGUUGGAGUUCCAGUCCUCCGUCUCUGAUAUCAAUCUGGGUUUCAACAGACUCAUCUGCUGCUCUCCUGCCAUCUGCCAGUUACUGCAGCUGAUGCACAUUGACCUGGGGAACAAUCAGCUGAGUGAUUUACCUCCUGACAUGAAGAACUUAACCAAGCUGCGAUCUGUUACCCUCAACUUCAACAGGUUCAAGUCUUUCCCUGACGUCCUCUAUCACAUUGUUUCCUUGGAGACUGUGCUGCUUGGUAAUAAUCAGGUGGGCUUGGUGGACCCUUGUGGUCUACAAAAGAUGGUUCAUCUGACAACACUGGAUCUGUCCAACAAUGACCUGCUGAGCAUCCCACCUGAACUGGGCCUGUGUACCAGCCUCCGGUGUCUUGGUCUGGAGGGAAAUCCUUUCCGCACACCGAGAGCAGCCAUAAUGACCAAAGGAACAGAUGCAGUGUUGGAGUAUCUGCGUAGCCGUAUUCCUUCAUGACGCCUGACCACAGCCGAGGGAGCUUCACCCCCAUAACCAACACGUUUCUUUGUUCCACAGUUCAGUUCGUUUGACGUCUGUUUCAGGAGCCAGCUUCCAAAUGCAGUUGUUUAAAAGCUGUUUUUACAAAUUAUCAGUUAAUGGACUGAACUGGACAAUCAAGUUCACACUGAUGCCUUGUGCAAUAGUAAGGGACCAAUGACAAAAGCACGCUCUUAAUAAAGUUUCUUUUGGAAGUAG